AGGCGAAGGAGUGGAGAAAACCCUAAUCUCUCUUCCCUCAAUUUAGUGAAGCGGCGAAACCAGCCGCGACUGCAAAUUAGUCGUUUUUUGUUCAUCUCUCCGACGGCCAUAUCUCCUUCUCAAUUUUUACAAGCCGCUACUGUGUUUGCCGCCCUUCUUUCCAGUGCAAUUUAGUGAAAUGGCGAAUAGCAAAUACGAAUAUGUGAAGUCAUUUGAGGUGCAGGAUGUGAUCAUGCGGCCCUACACCAUCAUCAUCUAUGUUCAUGCCCGUGGUUUCUGCAGGUUUUCUGAAGUGCAUGAGUUUGAGAAACCAAAUGACGUGAAAGCAUUAGAGUUAAUGAACGAGUGUGCCAUUGCUGUUAUGGAGCAGUUUCCAGAUGUUAUAUUCUCGUAUGGUUGCGCUGGUGAGCACAGUUUCAUAUUCCAAAAGAAAACCAAGUUCUACAAGCGGCGCAGCAGCAAGAUAAGCUCUGUUAUUGUGUCUUUAUUUACAUCCGCUUAUGUUUCCAAGUGGAGGGCUCUUUUUCCUCAGAAAGAGUUGAAAUAUGUCCCUUCAUUUCGGGCUCAAGUUAUUUGCUGUGAUGAUCUUCAAGCAUAUAUUUUAUGGCGACAAGAUGAAUGUCACACAAAUAAUGUGUAUGAUACUUGUCUUUGGCAACUGAUUAAAAGUGGAAAGAGUAAAGAGGAAGCACAAGCCACUUUGAGGGGAUCUCUUAAACAAGACAAAAAUGAAUUUCUUUACCAGUGUUUUAACAUUAAUUACAAGCAAGAUAUCCCGGAGAUGUUUUGCCAUGGUACAUGCAUUCUCAAGACAAAGGUGGAGUAUAUUGAUGACUCCCAUGUCAAAAGAUGUGGGAGGAAAUUUUUAACAGUUAACUCGGCAAAUAUUGCAUCAAAAAGAUUUUGGAGUGAAAAUGGGUGUUUAUCGAAAGGUGAGCUGGCACAAUUUCGUGAAGAGUUGAACAAAACUACACCUGAGGACAUCAAAUCUUUCCUACACGAGAGCAGAUUGAUGUUGUGCACCUGGAUUGUUGUUCGCAUUGAUGGUUGUCAUUUCCACAGGUUUUCUGAAGUUCAUGAAUUUGAGAAGCCAAAUGAUGCACAAGCUCUCAAUCUAAUGAAUACAUGUGCAGUUGCUGUACUGGAAGAUUUUAGGGACAUCGUUUUUGCUUACGGUGUUAGUGAUGAGUACAGCUUUGUUUUGAAUAAGUACUCCCAGCUUUAUCAAAGAUGUGCCAGUGAUAUAGUUUCUGCUGUAGUAUCUGUCUUCACUUCAACGUACAUGAUGAGAUGGAAUGAGUUUUUCCCCCAGAAAGAGAUGGAACACCUACCAUAUUUUGAUGGCCGUGCUGUUUGCUACCCAUCCAGUGAGAUCGUCAAAGAUUAUCUAGCAUGGAGACAAGUUGAUUGUCACAUCAACAAUCAAUACAAUACUUGCUUCUGGUUGCUUGUGAAGUCCGGAAAGAGCAAGAGCGAAGCACAAAUUUAUUUGAAGCGGACUCAAACUCUGGAGAAAAAUGAACUUCUUGAUAGACUCACUGGAGUUCCCAACUAUUACAAAUCAUUGCCGCCUAUGUUCUGCCUGGGUUCGUCCGUUUUCUGGGACAAAGAGUCGAAGCUGGUGGACAAUGAAGAAGUUGCUACUGGCAGGAUAGUUGUAGGACAUUGCAACAUAAUCGAGACAGGCUUCUGGGAGGCGCACCCGCAGAUACUAGAUGAGAAGGUAGCAGUACAAAUGACCACCACCGCUGGAAAUGAAGAGCUUGAGCAAAGUCUUUUCGGAAGAUACUCAGGAUUGUCAUCAUCUAAGAAGCAAAAGAAAAUUGAAGAUUUUUAUUUUGUUGAGAAGCCUGCUGUUGUUGAAGAUCUUGUUGAAGUUCAGACACCAUCACCAGUGAAAAGACCAAAGGUUCGUUAAGUAGCUCUUCAAGCUGUUUGGUGUGGAUAAAAUGAAGGCUGAGAAGUUGUUAAAGCAAACCUCGCCUAUGUGUGGUAAAUGUGUGGAAGGGGCAAAAGAAGUGUGCAAGUGUCGUUUGUGUGAUUUGAGCACGUAUCUAUCCCUAAGCUUUUCAACAAAAUUUAUAUUUACCCUCAACUUCAGAACACUCAAAUUAACGAGUAAAAUGGUAAGUGCAGGGUUGAAUGUGUUAA